UUAUCUUCCGGGAGCGUCACACGUUACCGCCAUCCCGUUACAGCCAGUGUGUGUGUGUGUGUGUGUGUUAGAAGGAGCUGAGUGUAGCGCUACUGUACAGAGCGAUAAUGAUCUCCAGCUGAAGCGACGGAUUACAUCUGCACAUUGAGACAUGGGGAAGUACUUCUUCAGUGAGACAGAGAUCAGGGGCACAUGGGAGCAGGUCCUCGCUGCGUUCUGGCAGAAAUACCCGAAUCCCUACAGCACUCAUGUUUUGACCGAGGAUGUGAUCUUCCGUGAGGUGACCCCAGACAAUCGUCUCCUUUCCCGCCGUCUCUUCACUAAGACCAAUCGGCUGCCCCGGUGGGCGGAGCGAAUCUUCCCCAGCAACCUAUCACGAUCUGUUUACAUUGUGGAGGACUCGGUCGUGGACCCCAGCACUAGACGCCUCACUACUCUCACCUGGAACUUAAACCAUUCCAAACUAAUGUCAGUGGUAGAGCGAUGUGUGUUCCAUGGAGAGGAGGAGACAUCCAAUUGGACUAGUCUCACAAGAGCAGCCUGGAUCUCAUCAAGAGUGUUUGGUCUGUCUAGACCUAUACAGGAGUUUGGCUUGUCCAGGUUUAAGAGUAAUCAGACGAAGGCUAUGAAGGGUCUGGAGUACACGCUGGCAAAACUACAGAAAUCAGCAGCUCAGAAUCACCAGGCUGACGCUUCUACAGAUUCCCAGAAGAAGACGGAGAACCUGGCGGCUCCCAGCAGCGCGCGAAAGCCGCCGCAGUACGUGUGAUAACACUCAUCUCCAGCAGUCUCAGCGGGUUCAAUGCCGUAGGGUAAUAAAAGAUUAACCCUUGACCGCAUGUUCAAGUGAAGGUGACGAACCUGGAACACCGGGGAUUAAGUCCUGUGAGCUCGGAUACUGAGAUUUAGAUCAGAUUGUUUAAUGUCAGGACACGGUUCAUGUUUAAGUUUAUUAUGUAGAAGUUUAUUGUUAAAACAGUGAAGAAAGUUUACUCGUCAUUUUAUAGAGAAAUGAGGCUGAAGGAAAGAGAUAAAAUCUUAGCGGUUCUGUCAGGUUGCGCUUCCUGCUGGAGGAAACCUCAGGGACGGACGUGUAGUGUGACCUCAUCAUGUGUAUUUCCCACACGCUCAGGUUCCAUAUGGGUUUUUUUUGUUUGUUUUUGAGAAUUAUAUGAAUAUGGUGCACAGUGAAUAUGACGCACUACGUGAGUGUGUCUUAAACCGAUCAUAGUUUCAUGCAUGAUGCGUUUUAGCAUUUCAAUUCAUUCCUUAUUUGUUUGUUACAGUUUUAGACUUUGCUUUAAAAUCAAUAAGGUCACAACUAUCAUGUGCAUCAUCUGCGUUUAAAACAUCAAUGUGAAUCUUAAAUGUGUGUCUGUGUGUGUGUCUGUGUGUGUGUGUGUGUUGUACAGACUGUUUAUAAUGAGACUGUUUUUACAUUGGAAUCAAAUUUGCUGCCUGUUUGUGAUCAGUGACGUCACAUCACAAAUAAGAUGCAUUUUUUACAAGCUGUGAUAGGUCAACACCUGGAUCCACGUGUGUGUGUGUGUGUGGAGUAAUGAUAAUCCCUUGUCAAUAAACAAUAACAAAACUCAGUUCUUGGUUUAACCACACAGUGGCGCUAUUUCACCAGUUUUUCCCCCCUGAGUUUUUGGGAUGACGUCAUACAGGAGCCCUGAACCACUUGGUCAGUUUAAUUUAACUCUAAUUUAUUUACAAUUAUAUAUAUAUAAAAAAGGUUAAUGAUUUUAUUACUGUUGUAAUUUAAAUAUAUUAUUUUGAUAUUUAAACUCACUGUAUCCAUUUCAAUAAAGUGUG